GCAAAAAGCAGCCUUGUUCGACCUCAAAGAUGGCCUCGACAAUGCCAUCCUCACCAAUUGCGGACAAGGAGGCAGAAAAAAGGACGUUGGUCCUUGGAAAUCAGUACAUUGUUUCGCGAAAAAGCCAUCCGUCACAUCUUGCUACUGUUCUUGAUGUCCGACGUAAUAGGAAUGGUGUGACUGAGGCGUAUGUUUCUUAUGCUGGGAAGGACAAGAGGUUGGACGCCUGGAUUGAAGAGACGGAGCUCGGAGAGGAGGUUGCGGGACCUUCGAAAGUAUUAUCGAGUGAUAACCAAACAGGAUCGAACUCCGCGCCAAAUAGAGAUGCUAGUGAGGCCCCCGAAAGCUCGAAACUGGCAGCAACUUCACCAUCUGUGGAAUCAAGUCCUGAAAGAGAGCAUGCUACACUGACAAGAGUGAGAAACUUUGAAGACGUGCGGUUUGGAGAGUACCUUAUCAAGACUUGGUACUAUUCGCCUUACCCGUUACCUCACACGGAGAGUGGUUCGUCGGAAAUAGUUUCAUCAUCUAGGAAACGCAAACUCUCCGACUCAAAUGGCCAGGCUACAUCCAAUAUCUCCCAAUCCAGUGCACAUCGUCCUGCCCACGGAGUUGCUGUCAACGACGCGUUGCAGUAUCCCAGUAAAUCGCAAAUGAGUAGAACAGUAAGCGACGUGUUCUCUAUUGGAUUGGAAAGGGAAAGUAGUAAAAGGCGCUUAUGGGUAUGCGAUCUAUGUUUCAAGUAUAUGCGCACCAGAACAGGUUGGGAUCGGCAUUCUAGCUCUUGUACAAUGCUGCAACCACCAGGGAGACGAGUAUAUCAAAGAGGAAGCUAUACGAUAUGGGAGGUGGAUGGGGCGGCAGCUCCGUUAUAUUGUCAAAAUAUAUCUCUCUUUGGAAAACUAUUCAUUGACCAUAAAUCUGUGUUCUUCCACGUCGAAAAUUUCUUAUUCUACAUAAUAUGUGAUGCCGCAACAAGUCAGCGUGAUCAAGCGAUGGCAUUCUUUUCAAAAGAAAAGGUCUCAUACGAUGACUACAACCUAGCUUGUAUAGUGACUUUCCCGCCGUUCCAAAAUCGAGGCUUUGGUAAACUUCUUAUUGAAUUCAGCUAUUAUCUAACAAAGCACCCAUCCACACGACCCAAAUCCCUGUCGCCUGGUACACCCGAACGUCCUCUAUCUGAUCUUGGCCUCAAAGGCUACACCGCCUACUGGGUAUCCGUCGUCCUCCGUUUCUUACGAAUCUUACUCAAAGAUGCCGAACCAGUGAAAUCUACCGAAUCGCCAAGAAAGGAAAGGAGGAUGUCAAAGUCGCAGUCGCCCUUGAAACCUGCUAGUUGUCGUACGUUGCGAACAAGAAAAGAAGACCCACAAAAAGGGGAGAAGAUAACUGUAUGUGGACGUGUAGUUACAAAGAUGCCUAUAACGGGCCGCCCUGGCCAGUACACAGUGACUCUCUCUUUAUCGGAGAUCGCGAAAGUCUGUCACCUCAGGAUCGACGAUACAGCUUUCACCCUCUCAGAAUUAGGCUUCCUUCACCAACGUCGUGCUGCUACUUUCCCUAUCCAGCGAAACAGCCAUAUUCAUGGCGAAGGGUACCACCCGCCUGGGACCACAGCUGACGGAGGAGAAGAGCCAUCAGGAGAAGAUUCAAUAGAGGAUGAAGAUCUGGGAGAAUGGAAAGACAUCGAGGUAGUGGUCAGUCGGGGAAUGGUAGAAGAGGCAUGGGAGAAAUGGAGAGUCAAAGAGAGAGGGGUCUUGGACGAAGAUUGUGUCUUGUUGUGAACUUGAUGCUCCGGGCAUAACAUAUUCAUGCUAUAGAACAUCCAACAGCUGAGCGGUAUUGUCCGUCGAGGGGCUUGUGUCCAGCCUGCUGUUGUGCAUGUUGUAGGAUAAUUUAACCCUCGAGAAAGGGGGGCAGGCCGCCGUUCAAGAUGGAUAAUAAUAGAUCAUUCAGAGAUUUGAGAUUUAAGACCACAUCAAAAAUUUCCCCUUCAGGUAAUUCUGAUUACCCCGACGGCGAUGUAGACAUCAGCGAAAAGCAGCAGCUGAUGCCGUCAUACGUCAUGCAUCUUCC